GUCAUUCUUUGUCUUCAUUCUACGAGAGACUGUCGUUAUGCUCAUGAUAUUUACACGCAUAUAACCAGUGAUUAUCCACGACACCUCGGGACUACACCGGUGGAAAGUAGCUUUUUAGAAAAUUAGAAAAAACAACUCAGCCGACAUACUUUCAUUCUUAAUUGUGUGUUAGAACUGUGUAAGAUAACUUGCACUUUUAUCCGCCGAAAUUUCCCACCGGUAAGGUGUCUGAUGACGAAAAAAAAAGCAUCGACGAUCAACAGAGAAGGUCAAGGUCGAAAUUCAUGAGCGAUGCCGUCAGCAAUUGCAAUUCUAACGAUAGCGUCAGUGAUACUGAGCGAAUCAUCAGUGCUCUCGGAAAAUUUACUGAACUGCGAAGCGCCGAGGAGCUACGAGGUAACGUUGGCCAGCAAUCACAAACUAAUUGUACAGGAUCAGCUGCUCUACGUGAAUUACGAUAGAAAUGAAUUGGCCGUUUACGAGUAUCCUGAUAAUGAGCUCGUUAACAUUCUCGUGAACGACAGCCGGGUGAUUUUUAGGGGUCUCGUCAUAACUGACAAUGAUUUUUCGCAAUCGUUCGAUGCCAGUCGCACAUUCGACUCGAAAAUCGCCGGGACCGCACGCCUCAAGCGAGGACUGCUGAGCGAGUGCAGUUUGUAUUUAUCGAGGAACCGCCACGAGGAGGCGUCCGGAACACCGCGAGAGCUCCAAGUGGAAAUCAUACAUCAAGCGGCAGUGUGCGCCCGAGCGACAUUGUGCGACAAGUUAGGUGUAAUUGAUUACAAGGAUUUGAAGAGAGGCAAAGAGCACCCGUUCAAUUUUGGACGACUCGCAGUACCGGUUGAUGAUUCCACUACGAAUAUGGGUUUGAUUUUUUCGAGUAUCGAGAGUGGCGAACUGAAAGUUGAUGUGGAUGAAGUGAAAGCACUGUUCCAUGCUGUUACCAAAUCGGAUCUGGAUACUGUUGAUACAGCCGGGUUACAGUCGACGAUCAAUAAACUCGUAGACUUAGCUGUAUAUGAAUUGGUUAAGAAGAUCAAAGAGGAAAAUAUUGGGAAGAUUAAGAUUCCCGACAUGAGUCAAAACUUUUCUACCGGUUCGUCUUGGUGGGAGACUACUGGUGAAUUCAACUCUUUGGAUGGAACCUUCGAAGAUCUUACGAGUUUGGCAAGAACCGAAGACGCUCUUUUAUCACACUCAGGCAUGAAAUUCGUAGCCUCGUGCGGAUUUGGACUCAGAAGAGCUUACAUGGAGUACCAAAAAUAUAAGUUACGUUAUGGCGUAAUAAAAGUCAAUGGUCAAUUAUCGGCAACCAUCGAUGGAGUUUCAAUAUCAGCAGUCGUGGGAAUAGAUUACAAUCGGAAACCAUGUCGUACAGUCUUGGAGAGUUUACGCGUGAGCGAACUAGGCAAAAUCAAAGUGAAACUCACUGGUUUGGGACCGUUGAACAAAUUACUAUCGAAACUAAUCACUUGGAUUACGAAAAAGUGGCAAGACGAGAUUGUCGGCAAAAUCGAGGAAAAACUAUCGGAGCUUGUUAUUCACAAUCUUGACAAAUUCCAAUGCGAAAAGUAUAGGCCGUGGUAAUUCAACGAGACUUUUUUUCUAUUACCAAAUGAGAUUCAUAUUUUUGUUUGGACGCUUAUUAGUCGCUAAUUGCAUUUGAAUGUUUUUAACGUCAACGUCAACGAUUACAUAUCUUAUUGGAUUUUUUGAGAGGAUAAAUAACCUAUCGGCUAAUACGCAUAAAAAAAUACAUCGAUUAAAAAAAAACCGUGAGUUAUUAAUGCACUCGUUCAAAGAAGUUCAUUGAAACGUCGCCGCCGCAAUUAGAAUCAAGAUGAUCCGAAAGAUCGUUAAAAUUUCGCUAUUGUUUGGCGCAGAGGCAAAGUAUAUACUUCGACGAAGAAUUGACAAUCUAUUAAAUGUUCUGUAAGAAAUACGUGCUUAUAAUGUACUUAAUCGAAUGGAAAAAAGUCAGACAUACUUUAAUUUUCAUUUUCAUUCAAUUCAUACUCGAUGAGCGGUUGGCUAAUGCAUCGAUCUCGUUUACACCUCACUGAACCAAUCAAAAUUUAGCGUUUAUAAGAUUCGUGAUGCGUCCCAUGUUGCUUCUGAAAAACAUUGAGAAUGAAGCGGCUGAUAAUUCUAUUAAUCUUAGGAUAAUAGAGGAAAAGUAUCAUCGAACGUAAAGAAAACUAAUCGAUGCUUUAAUAUAUCGUACAGUCAAUUGUCGAUGAAAGAUAUCUUAACACGCAAUUGUUUUCCUGGUCGUAAUUAAUGUUUCCUCAUGGGCAUUUCUCUACGAAAUUUUAAGUAAGUAUAAAUAUAGUUUAUUUAAAUUAACGUUUUUUUUAAAUAACUUUCUGCGCUUUUUAAAUUGCUCGCCACCUAACAUUAAAAUCGAUGUCGGUAGUGGCAACAGAAUCAAUUAUUAAUUUCAUCUAUAACAGUAACAUUUUGGCACUGUACUUGUAUCCUGAUACAACUUAUACCAACCUAUUUAUCAACGAGUCGCUUAUAUGCAUUAAAAGUAAUUAAAACAUAUAACUCAAUUGCAACAAUGAUUUUAUGAAAAACAAAUAAUUUUAGGAAAGGCUGACAAUUACAGUUUGAGAUUCAUCAAUCAUGAGACAAAAUAUGACACCGAAAUCACGAGUUUCGUCCGUAGUCAUCGUAAGCUGUAAUUAGACGCAUAUUAACGACAUAUUAUAUUUUAGAAUAUCAGCGACUACAAUGUCGGCUUGAAAGAUUACCAAUUCUUCGUAUUAGAUAAAUUGACCGAAAGGUACAUUGUUUCUUUGAACGCUGUACAGAUAAUAAAUAUAAUCUUAUUAUUUGUAGUUUUUAUUCGUUGCGAAAACAUGGUCAGAGCAAAGCUUUCAUCUAGAGAUCUUUGUGCUAUAACCAUUUGGUCAAACAUUUUACACGUUAGUUUCCCGAAGUAACUUCGCCCAAAUUGACGAACAACAACAAACCAAUAAAAGGGUAUGGUUUCUAA